GCUCUGGCCGCCAUCAUGGCGUUCACGCCCACGGGGCCCGAGGCCUCGUUCUUCGACGUCCUGGACCGGCACAGGGCUUCCCUGCUGGCCAUGGUGAAGACGGGUGCAGGGGAGAGCCCUGCCCAGGCCGCCCGCGGGGCCUCUAGCUCUGAGGUUCUCACAUCUAUAGAAAAUAUUAUCCAAGACAUAAUCAAAAGUUUGGCAAGAAAUGAAGCACCUGCCUUCACAGUAGACAACAGAUCAAGCUGGGAAAACAUAAAGUUUGAAGACUCUGUUGGCCUUCAGAUGAUACCUCAGUGCGCGACAAGAAAAAUCAAAAGUGAUUCACCAAAAUCAGUUCAAAAAUUCGCUCUAAUUCUGAAAAUAUUAUCCAUGAUUUAUAAGUUAAUACAGAGUAACACUUACGCAACCAAAAGAGACAUAUACUACACUGACAGCCAGCUCUUCGGUAACCAGACUGUUGUGGACACCAUUAUAGAUGACAUUUCCUGUAUGCUGAAAGUGCCCCGGAGGAGCCUGCAUGUGUUAUCUACAUCCAAGGGAUUAAUUGCUGGCAAUUUAAGGUACGUGGAAGAAGAUGGCAGCCGAGUGCACUGUUCCUGUGGUGCAACGGCUACUGCUGUGCCAUCUAACAUUCAGGGAAUCCAGAACCUAAUUACGGACGCGAAGUUUCUCCUAAUUGUAGAAAAAGAUGCAACAUUUCAACGACUCCUAGACGACGACUUUUGCAGCAAAAUGUCUCCAUGCAUCAUGGUUACGGGAAAGGGAGUUCCAGAUCUGAACACAAGACUGUUAGUGAAGAAGCUAUGGGACGCGUUUCACAUUCCUGUUUUCACACUGGUGGAUGCCGAUCCCCAUGGCAUUGAGAUCAUGUGCAUCUAUAAGUAUGGAUCCAUGUCGAUGUCUUUCGAAGCCCACAGUCUCACAGUUCCAGCGAUCAGAUGGCUUGGUCUCCUCCCUUCUGAUAUUAAAAGAUUAAAUAUACCUAAGGAUAGUCUGAUCCCACUGACAAAGCAUGACCAAAUGAAACUGGACAGCAUCCUGAAGAGACCUUACCUCACCUGCCAGCCACACUGGAGGAAAGAGAUGGAAAUGAUGGCAGACUCUAAGAUGAAGGCAGAAAUCCAAGCCUUGACCUUCCUGUCCUCAGACUAUCUUUCCAGAGUGUACUUACCCAACAAACUGAGAUUUGGAGGAUGGAUAUAA